AUGGAUAAAUCAAAAGACGUCGAUGGUUCUGGCGUUGGCGGUGAUAUGCACGAGAAGCAAAGCAACGUGGACCGCGUCGUCUCCGUUGGAGAAGGUCAGGUAGAGGAAGAUGUGGAGAAGUUGGGGUCUCUCCAUCGGACUUUGACUCCCCGUCUGAUCCACGUCAUCUCCCUUGGUUCGAGCGUAGGCAGUGGUCUCUUCAUUGCCACGGGCAAGGCUCUGGCUCAAGGUGGGCCUGGUAGCAUGUUCUUCGGCUACCUCGUGGUGUGCAUUGGUGUCUGGGCAAAUCUUCAAAACCUGACGGAGAUGACUAUUGCCUUCCCAACGUCCGGAAACUAUAUCGAUUAUGCAGACCGAUGGGUUGACCCUGCGUUGGCGUUUGGAGCUGGCGUGGCUGAGUGGCUAGGCUGGACAUCUGUUUUCGCCUCCGAGGCGACAUUCUUUGUGAUUUUGGUCAACUUUUGGGCUGGGGGAGCUGUCCCAGAAGCAGCUUUGCUCAGUAUAUUCUUGGUCAUAUGUCUCGCCGUAUUCUUCAUGCCCAAUAAGUUUUUCGGCUGGCUUCAAUACUUCGGCUCUCUUGUCAAGGCCUUUUUAUUCAUAUUCAUAGUUUUGAUCUCGCUAGCAAUCAUUGGCGGGGCUGGACCAAAGGGCUACGUCCGUGACGGAAGCACUUGGUCCGAUUUACCAGUUUUCAAAAAUGGGUUCGGGGGAUUUUCCAACGCUGCGCUUCUUGCAAUCUGGGCUAUUGGCGACCAGGUAUUUAUCGGUGUCAUGGGUGGUGAGGCCGAGUCGCCUCGCUACUCUAUGGCACACUCGGCAAACUUGAUACCCUGGAGAGUGGCAGUCUUCUACUUGGUAUCGACUGUGCUCGUCUCUAUCAUCGUUCCUUCAAAUGAUCCGAAUCUAUUAGGUGGUUCUGGAGUCGCCGCUUCUCCGUUCGUCAUCGCCGUACAAGGCGCGGGUAUCAAAGGUGUCCCUGACUUGAUAAACAUCUGCAUGAUUAUUGGAAUUCUGGCCAUUGCCCUGGAAUGUAUUUUCCUACCAUCGAGAAUCUUACGAACAAUGGCCCUACAAAAACUUCUGCCGGCUUUCAUUGCCAAAGUUGACGAACGGGGCCGGCCACGAUGGGCACUGACCAUCACAGCACUCAUCGCUGUGCUUUUAACUUACAUGAGCUUGAGUGCUGGGGGACUCGAAGUCCUGAAUUGGCUGAUCGCAAUUACGAGCGCAUCUUUCUUCACCAACUGGGCAAUUAUUGGCUUCACAUCGUUUCGAUUCCGAGCCGCAGUGAAAGCACAGAGAAGUGCCAUUCUCCAUGAAUAUUACGGCUGGAAGUCAAGCAUUUGGCCUCUGGCUCCAUGUCUAGUCCUUGUGAUUUCAACUCUACUCUUGAUUUGUAUUCUGUAUUUGAGUAUAAAACCCUUGGCUGGCGGUGACUUCACGGUUUACAACUUCUUUUCUUAUACCAUCGGCUUGUUUUUGAUUAUGUUCGCAACCAUCGCAUACAAGAUCAUUUUUCGGACACCUUGGCGCAAUCCAGCAACAGCUGACUUGGUUACGGGUCACCGAGCAUUGACGACUGAGGAGGUUCGACAACUUGAUGCUUAUUAUCAACGUCCGUUCUGGAGACGUCUGGGAACUUAUGUUAGGCUGUGGUAG